AUGGCCACCAACUCCAAGAGAUCACAUUACCAUGAGAGCCUCGUGGAAAAGAAGGGACCCCAGGAUCUGGGUUACAAGAAGUUCUGGGCCGGCCUCCAUGGUCUCACAAUCUAUUUCUACAAUACCAACCGGGAUAUUCAGCACGUGCAGAAGUUGGAUCUAAGAACAUUCGUGAAGCUCACAGACGAACCUCCGGGAGGGAGCAUUCGAGACUCGAGCAUCUACUUCAACCUGAUCCUCCGGCACCAGGUGAUCAAUUUCAAGGUGGAGAACCUGGAGUCUCGUGAGAUGUGGAAAGGAUUCAUCCUGACAGUGAUCGAGCUUCAGGUCCCCAGAAACCUGACCCUCCUCCCCGGGCAUCUGUACAUGAUGGCUGAGGCCCUGACCAAAGAAGAAAAGCGUCGUUCGAAAGAAAUGCCCCCGUGUUACCUGGACGUGAGUCGGCUGCAGGCGCAGCUGCUCCUCGAGCACUAUCCUGAGUGUGGGAACUUGCUUCUGCGCCCCAGUGGAAAUGGUGCGGGAGGCGUGUCAGUCACCACUAGACAGAUAAUCAACGGAUCGCCUAAGGUCCUGCACUACAAAGUGAAUCUAGGAGGCCCUAAGUACAUGAUCGACGUGGAGCCGCCUCACUACUGUUCCUCCCUGGACGAAGUGGUGAACUAUUUCGUGCAACACACCAAAAAUUCACUCUUGCCCUUCCUGCUGGAUGAGGACUAUGAGAAGGCGCUAGGCUACCCAGAGUCGAAUCAUGAGAACGGCGAGAGUGAGUGGGUGGUGUCCACGGCCACCAGAUCCCCAAACCCAGGUCCUCCAGCUACCCCGCCCAGACAAACCCCGGCCGCCGUAGACAGGCCAUCUGUACCACCUCCUCCGCCACGGAACCCACAAGCAGAGGACUACUUGAUCCCCAUUGCCGAUGACCAAGACAACAGAUACAUCGCAGAGGUCAUAACGCUGGCCCAGGUGCGACACAGGCUGUCUUCUCUGUGA